AUGCGCCGCGCCAGCCGAGACUACACCAAGUACCUGCGCGGCGCGGAGGAGAUGGGCAGCGGCGGCUCCAGCGCCCCGCACGAGGGCCCCCUGCACGCCCCGCCGCCGCCGCCGCCCGCACCCCACCCGCCCCCCGCCGCCUCCCGCUCCAUGUUUGUGGCCCUCCUGGGGCUGGGGCUGGGCCAGGUUGUCUGCAGCGUCGCCCUGUUUCUCUACUUCAGAGCGCAGAUGGAUCCUAAUAGAAUGUCAGAAGACGACACUGACUGUUUUAAGAGAUUUUUCAGACUCCAUAAAAAUGCAGAUUUGCAAGACACAACUCUGGAGAGUCAAGACACAAAAUUAAUACCUGAUUCAUGUAGUGGAAUUAAGCAGGCCUUUCAAGGAGCUGUGCAAAAGGAAUUGCAACAUAUUGUUUCGUCACAGCACCUCAAAGCAGAGAGACCUAUGGUGGAAGGUUCAUGGUUAGAUCUGGCCAGGAGGAGCAAGCCUGAAACCCAGCCUUUUGCUCAUCUCACUAUAAAUGCCACCGACAUCCCAUCAGGUUCCCACAAAGUGAGUCUUUCCUCCUGGUACCAUGAUCGCGGUUGGGCCAAGAUCUCCAACAUGACUUUCAGAAACGGGAAACUCGUAGUUAACCAAGAUGGCUUUUAUUACCUGUAUGCCAACAUUUGCUUUCGACAUCACGAAACUUCAGGAGACCUAGCGACGGAGUACCUUCAGCUGAUGGUGUACGUCACCAAAACCAGCAUCAAAAUCCCGAGUUCUCAUACCCUGAUGAAAGGAGGAAGCACCAAAUACUGGUCGGGAAAUUCUGAAUUCCAUUUUUACUCCAUAAACGUUGGAGGAUUCUUCAAGCUACGGUCUGGUGAGGAGAUCAGCAUCGAGGUCUCCAACCCUUCCCUGCUGGAUCCAGAUCAAGAUGCAACUUACUUCGGGGCUUUUAAAGUUCGAGAUAUAGACUGAGCACCAUGUUGUGGAGCAUUAUCAUGUAUUUCCUAGGAUGUAUGUAGAUUAAAAAAAAAAAACAAAAACAAACAAGCCCAGGAAGAUGUAGAUGGGUGUGUGAGGCUCUGCCCCAUGGCCCCUGAAGAUGUGUCAAUGCCCUUGACCCUGUAGAGAACACCUGUAUUUACAGCCAAGGGCAGAUGGUGGACUCAAGGUGUGUUAUGUUCUAAAGGCUUUCUUACACAGCAGUUUUUAAAUUUUGUAAUGAAUUCCCCAAAUUAAACCAGAUUGGAGCAAUUGUGGUUACUGAUAUGAAAAUCUGCAUUUGGGCUACUGGAGGCGUUAAUUCUCCAGGUCGAGCUCUUGGCUAAGGGCCACCAUACAGCUGAAGCAGAGAGGCUAGUGUUUGAUUACAGGCAGAUGAACAUCUGAAGGGCUGAGUUCUUUUGAAUUGUUACAUCAUUCUGGAACCUGCCAAUACCUUUUCUAAUGAGGAGAGAAAAUAGAUGUAUUUUUAUAUAAUACCUAAAGUUAUAUUUCAGAUGUAAUGUUUUCUGUGCAAAGUAUUGUAAA